AAAAUUCAUGUUCUUAUACUUUUCAGAUCUGAAGAGAAUCUCAUCUACCUCCUUGAACAUGUACAUUCCCUUUCUCCCGUGAUAUAUAAUUGUGAAACCUGAACCCUCCUUCACCUCGAGUGCUACAUUUUUUAUUCAGUUCAUGAAGUGACAACCGCCCACACUCCACAUCCAGCAAUCAUUUUCCCUCACCCCUCGAAAGAUCACCGCAGAGACACAUUCAUGGUGAACAUGGCCACAGCGAUUUUCGGCGGACAAAUCCUGCAGCCCAUGCUGAACGGCGCGAUCCCCUCCUCCGUGGCGAACUCGGUCGGCCAGCCGUUGAUCAGCGGGGGGGCCAACUCCGGCCCGGGGCUGCUCGGUCCGCGGCCGGACGAGUUCGCAGGUCUCAUCCCAGUCGGUGCCGUUGCUCAAAUGGUGCAGGGAGCGGGGAUGGCUGCGGCGUAUCCGUACGGGGCGAUGGCCCCGGCGGCAGCAGCCGCCCUAGCGGCGGCUGGGGCGGGGACGACCUCCCUGGCCAGAUCCCUCUCGGCGACGAACGGGCACGGGACCCCUGGACCUGGCCCCACCCCCACGAGCAUGAGCAGCGACGUGAAGUUGGAGGAUCCGAAGCCCGCCCUCCCUCCAUACACUCCACCGGUUUCGGCUCCACCCCCACCGCCCGCACCGGGGGCUGCCUUGCCUCCCGUGGAGCAACAGAGUACAGAUUCAGACAGUGGAGAUCAGAUGGCACAAGUUGCAGUGGUGCAAGCAGUUCACGCAGCUGCAGCAGCUGCAGGGGUUCUUCCGAGUCAGAUCGGAGGGGUCACGUUAUCUCCUGGUGGUGGAACUGCCCUGGUUGCAACAUCAGCUACAACACCCACUUCAGUCUCUGGGACCUCAGUAACUCCCACUGGAGGCUGUUCCACUCCAAAGGACCAAGGGACUCCAGCCAAGAGACUCCAUGUGUCUAACAUCCCAUUUCGAUUCAGAGAUCCUGAUUUGAGAGCAUUAUUUGGGACAUUUGGACCAAUCCUUGAUGUGGAAAUCAUCUUCAAUGAGAGGGGUUCAAAGGGGUUCGGUUUUGUAACAUUCGCAAAUAGUGCAGAUGCGGACCGAGCACGAGAGAAACUCCACGGCACCGUGGUUGAGGGGCGAACGAUAGAGGUGAACAAUGCCACUGCCAGAGUACAAACUAAGAAACCUGCCAAUGCCUUGCCUAAUGCGGCAGCGUUGAGAGGAGCAAUGAUCCAGAGGGGCCGAAUGCGAGGUGUGACGGCUGCCGUCUCGCCGGCUGCAUACCCUGCUGCUGCAGCUGCAGCCGCUGCAUUAACACGUCCUCCCCUUGGAGCGGCUGCCAUCCCUGCUGCUUACACAACGGGAGUGUAUGCAUACGAUCCCUUGUUUUUGGCUCAAGCAACAGCUGCUGCUGCAGCCAGUGCCAGUGAUCCUCGCCUCCAGCCUGCAGCAGCAGCAGCUGCUGCUGCUCAAUUGUUGAAGACGCCCAUCAGUGUAGCCGGGUCACCUGUGAGUGUAUCUGCAGCCUCCCAGUAUGCGUCAGCAGCCAACCUGGCUGCAUUGAGAUCAUAUAGUGCAGCCGCUGCUGCCGCUCAACCACUGGCAGCUGCAGCCGCCGCUUACCCUACCAUCGGGGCAUACGCGGACCCAUACUUCGCGAGCAGCAUCGGCCCCAUCCCCGGAUACGGAGCAGCGAUCUACCGGAGCAGCUAUAACCGAUUUGCUCCCUAUUAGUCCCAGUGGGCUGGGGGACGGCCUCGAGAUAUAGAUGACGGCGAAUUCAGCGGUGAAUCGCCCACUCAGCACACAAAACAUGACAACAUGAAUCGUGGAGAGGGGGGGAAUUUUUUUUUUGUUCUUUGUUUUGCUCGUUGCUCAGUGUGAAUUUGUUGUAUCUUGUACGUAGCACAAUGAAUCGGACAUCCACAAAGUGGUUCUCUUCCCUUUCUCUCUUCCGCCAGGAAUUUAUUUUCCACCUGCAAUCGUAUGCCGUGAUAUGCGAAUCGAGGAAUCUCCAUGUCACCUGUGUUUUUUCCCCCCCACCCUUGUUUUCUCACCAUUGUUAUCGUAGAACAUCCAGUCGCAGGACUGACUGAGGAAUCCUUCCCCUCUGGUCCCCUUCAUGUAUGGGAUGGAUAUUUUCUUUUGCCUCUGAGAAUACUCCCGAUCCACGAAGUGACCGAAUGCCGAUUGAUAUUAUUCUCGUGAAUGCGGAAUGCAUGAUGUCGAGUCGCAUGGAUCUGAUCUCAGCCCGCCGCCCAACCGCGUCUCCGUUUCUCUUUUCCUUUUUCUGUCUAUUUUUUCAACGGAAUCGCACGUGAAAAAGAGUGGAAUGAGUCUUCCGUAAGGGGCACAAAGGUUCGGUGAGAGAGCGUCUCGUCGAGAUCGGACUCGGAACCGAAUUCCAACCGAAUCUGCACAAGGGAAUAUACGAGCAUGAAUCUUUUUCCCUCCCUUUCCGUUUUUUCUUUUGCCGAUAUUUUGCUGGGACUUGCCCGUUGUCGUAUCCUGAGAUCUGUUUCAGAUGAAUCUCUUUUUUUUUUUCCUUUCUUCAUGACCUGUGUUCUCUUUGCCGAUGGAUAGGCCACUUCUCUUCGUCCUUGUCUUUUUUUCCCUCCGAUGUCCUUUAUUCUGUACAGUGGACAGAAUUCCUCAUGCUCCUGUACAUGAAAUAAAACCAACCUAUUCUCUUUUUUUGUACACA